AUGUAUUGUUUGACAUUUUGUAUGUUUACUUUCAAAAAUAUUAUUUUUUUAUUAAAACUUAGUCUAACUAAUGAUUUUUGUUGCAGAACGUCUUAGCUUCGAGAUGCAAGGAACAGCGCUGAUGCCUCACAACCCCCAGCAAGGUUUCCCACCACCACCUGGUACAAUAGUUUCAGAUAUGGAAACACCUGCGUCACCAAAUGAUAUAACCAAAGAAGCAGCCAACAAAAGCGAUUCCGGAAUAUUCUCGUCCACAACGAACACCACCAUCGAACCCACGGACAAUUCGAAAGCCUUCGACAGCGGCGACAACCGAAGCGACUGCUCAUCGCCCGAACGCAAGUACUUUUGCCCUAUCUGCGAAAAGAUGCUGACGUCGCAACACCAAUUUACGCUCCACAUUAGAUCUCACAAUAACGAAAACGAAGUACAGGAUAUAGAAAAGGGAUAUACUUGCAGAAUCUGUUCCAAAGUACUCAGUUCCAACAGCAGUCUCGACAGACACGUACUAGUUCAUAGCGGAGAACGGCCGUUCCAUUGUAAAUACUGCGGAGAUACUUUCACAACGAAUGGCAACAUGCACAGGCACAUGAGGACUCACUCGCAACGAAAUGAAAGCAGCUACGAGUCCGACGGUAGCGUUGACAGUGGCAGUUCCAAAAGUACCGAGUUUAACAACAACAAAGUUGAGAAGAACAAACGGAAGAACGAGAGCAUUGAUACGUGCGACAAAAAACCAAAGCUACAAUUAGAUAUAGAUACAUUCCAGUGUCCAGUAUGUGAGAGAAGCGAUUUUAACUCACCCAUUAAUCUCGAAGCGCAUUUGGAAGAUAAUCAUCCUGAUUAUCCUACUAAAUGUCAUAUUUGUGAAGAACCUUUCCCUAACAGCAAACUUUUGAAUGCACAUAAAGAAGCAGUUCACGAAAAUGCUACAACCAAACAACCGGUUAUUGGUUUUAAAGAUCUUACAUUCGUAGAUUUCUCAAGCAAUAAAUUUCCAGACAUUGCCCGAAGAGAAUGCGAAAUGAACUUACACAAACCUUCCAGUGGCUUAAAAUUCCAAUGCAAGCACUGCAACAGAGCUUUUCCGUGUUCAAAUUCACUUAACAUCCACGAAUCCAGCUGCAAUUCUCCAGUAUCUCUCCAAACUCCAAACAUAAACGUUUCUCAACCCGAUAUAAGAAGAAUGGAGUUCUUCAAUAGACUGAACCUCGUUGACAAUUCUCCAGAAAAACCAAGCGUGACAGCUUUAGCUUUUAACAAACUGAAAGAGCAUUUAGACAGAGGAGUUGAUAACACCAAAGAUCUGGCUGAUAUUCAGUCUAUAUUAUCUAAUAUUAACUUAAAAAAGCUUCAGACCAGUCAGGCGGACUUACAUCCACAAACUCCUAAAGAUAUUCUAGAAAACUCAAAUGAUUACCAGAAAAACGAAGAAGAAGAAUCUCAAGACCUCUUUGCCGUAGAGUUUAGAAAGAUGAAAUUGAGGGGAGAGUUUCCUUGUAGGUUGUGUCCGGAGGUUUUCCCGAAUCUAAGAGCUCUGAAAGGUCACAAUCGAAAGCAUUUAGUAGGAAGUUCCAACGGAACUUACUACUGCAACAUGUGUCCAUACUCUUCCAUUGAUAAGAAUGCUCUCACUAGACAUAUGCGUACGCACAACGGAGAUAGACCUUACGAGUGUUCUAUUUGCAACUAUGCUUUUACCACUAAGGCCAACUGUGAACGCCAUUUGCGCAACAGACAUCUGAAAUCAACCAGAGAAGAAGUAAAGAAAUCUAUAAUAUAUCAUCCUUCUGAGGAUCCAACAAAUGACGAAUUAAAUAAACUGAUUUCAAAAGAUGAUAAGAAACUGAAUACUCCCACCGAAGAGAAGAUGUCAUAUUCGAUGAAAUUUUCAGACGUACUAAAUCACAGUCCUAAGUUAAAACCUGAAAUUCCUCCCAUGUUUCCAGAUCUACAAGCGCUAAAACCUUCAAAACCAUUCCAAAGUCUUAACGACAUCAAUAUUUUGCGACCUGACAUUCCUAGACCUCUCAAAGUUCCAAAUGAUGUUCCUUUCAUGCCGCCGUACACACCCACCUUCCAAAAUAAAAUCCAAGUUAAAGAUAUUAGUGCGUUGAAAAUCAAUAGCUACGACAACGAAUCUGAUGACGACUACAUCGAAGAAGAGGAAGAGGAACAACCAUUAGAUCUGGUCUUAGAUUUAAGUAAGAAAAAAUCUCCAGAAGUCAUGCCAAAGAACGACGACGACGAACCACAAGACCUGACCAAAAAAGCGACUCCUCCAAUACAACAACAGUUACCUUUGAAUAUGAACCAAAUCUUUGCCCAACAAUUACUAAAAUCUCCUCCAAAAAUAGAUCCAGCUACUUUAUAUGCAACACAACUGGCACAACUUUAUGGCAGAAAUUUCUCUCUUCCAAGUUGGCCAGGGCUUCCAAUAAACCCUCUGUUUUUCUCAGCAGUCCAUCCAACUCUUUCCCAAAAUACUCAAGAGUUUAAAGAAAGAAUGCAAAGAUUUCAACUUUGUGGAGGUUCCAUGAUAUCCGAAGAAAUGAAAAAUUUACCUUUACAAAGACCUUUUCAUCCCUCUCCACCAUAUCCUAAUGGCUUUAGAAUGGAGUCCAAGCCAGAAGUAGCUCUGGAAAACAACUAUUCUACUCCAAAGAAGCCAGAAGAACCGUUAAGUCUUAAUAUCGAUCCAAACUUUCACGAUAAUUUAACCAAACUACAAAGUCCUAUUCCAUCGAAUAAACCAGACCUAAUGCACUCUCCGAAUGCUGUUAAAAUGGUUAUCAAAAAUGGAGUCUUAAUGCCAAAGCAAAAGCAAAGAAGGUACAGAACUGAGAGACCGUUUACUUGUGAACACUGCUCAGCUAGAUUCACGUUAAGAUCAAAUAUGGAGAGGCACAUCAAGCAGCAACACCCACAGUACUGGUCCCAACGCCAAAGAAACGCAGUUGGCAAUCCUGGUAAAAAACCACAUAUGGGCAUUAAGCCCAACUAUUGCGACAUAACCAUACCGAACUACGACUUCAACAAAUACCAAAAAUACGAAGAUACCAAAGAAUUGAUUAGCGAUAAGCUCAAAUUCUCUCUUUUGUCUCAACAACUAAACAGAACUGAGUAUAAAAAAGAAGAAGACGAAGAUUGUGCUCUUGUUAUUGACGAAAACGACGAAAAGCCAGAUGCGAAGAUAGAAGAGAACGGCCAUGAAGACGACGAAAGCCUCCAUAAGCCUAUCAAAGUUGAAGAGAGUCCAGAUCUUGUACCUGUGUCCCGACUUCUUGAUAAUGCUUCCCAGCAGCAGUUCAAGGAAUUCUUUAAGAGAGAUGGAGAUGAACAAGAGGUUGGAUUAGCUAGCGAAGAAGACGAAGAAGGGCUUGUUGCCAGCGGUAGCACCAGCGAAGGAAACAUCUCAGGAACAGAUGAAAACAAAUCUGAAUCUGAAGUGGUUCAGCCAGUCAAGAAGAAAUCAGCCUAUUCACUGGCACCGAAUCGUGUGAGCUGUCCGUACUGUAGUCGAAAGUUCCCCUGGAGUUCCUCUCUACGUCGUCACAUUCUCACCCACACAGGUCAAAAACCAUUUAAGUGCAGCCAUUGCCCUUUAUUAUUUACCACCAAAUCGAAUUGUGAUCGUCAUUUGUUAAGAAAGCACGGCAACGCUGCUACAACUAUCCCAAAUGAUACAUCGAACAAUACCAACUACUUAAUGAGAAAUGUUCCUGAGCGACCGUUUAAAUGUUCGAACUGUCCCAGCAGUACGUUCUCUACUUACUCCAAUCUAAAGAAGCACAUCAGUUGUAAGCAUUCCACUAACGCUCAGGGAGACGAUAUUAAAGCUCAAGGAUACGAAGCGGGGAGUUCAGAAGAUGAAAAAUUACCUAAGGGUGAUUGGGAUAAACCACCAGUGUACAAACUUCCCGAUUCUAUGGUUCAAAAUUCUGAUCUCCCCUACAAAUGUCAUCUGUGUGAAGGUUCCUUCGCUGAGCGUCAAGAUGCUCUUGAUCAUAUCCGAGAUAAACACAUAUCAGAGUACGCUCUACUCAUGUCCAAAAAUGCUCUCGAAUCUGGCAAUCCUCCCCAAGAGGAGCAAACUACUAACGACGAUGACGACGUGGAAAUUCGUGGAAAAUUUCCUGACUACUCCAACCGGAAAGUGAUCUGCGCGUUCUGCAUGCGACGGUUUUGGUCCGCUGAGGACUUACGGCGACACAUGCGCACUCACACCGGUGAAAGACCCUUCAGCUGUGACAUCUGCAAGCGCAGGUUCACAUUAAAGCACAGCAUGCUGCGACACAGAAAGAAGCACAACGUCAACUUCGAGCACGACGCUACAGUGAGCGACGAAGAAGGCAACAACGGUUCUUCUCCGUCUUAUACCAAGAGCGAAGCCAACUUCACGCAGAAAACAGACGAAUCGGACGGAGCCGAAGGUGCAGAUCUGAUCAGUAACCUGCUCGGUUUAAGGGGCUCGAUUAUCGACAAGGUUUUGGCCGCUUCAGCGGACGAUGCAGCCAAGCUACUAGGAGUCAAGAAUGGCGCUAAAGAAUAAUUGUAUUUUACUUUGAUGUAGUGAUUCUACUUUAGGUUUUAUUUGCGAUUGGGAAGGAAAUGUUCAUGUAUAUAGAGGUGGUUGUUGUAAGUAGGAACGUGUUAUUUUCUUGAUAUUUUUAUGUAAAAAUUGUUGAUGAUGUAGUAGAGGGAUACUAGAAAAUUACUUGUGAUGAUUAUUGAUAAAAAUCUAUUCGUAUUAAGGUACUUAUAGGUAUAUAAAAAUAAAAUUGGAUAUUAGCAUUUUAGUAAAUAAGUAAAAAGGCAGUGAAACUACUUAUAUUUUUUGUAAAAAUGUAUAGCAAAUGUUUUAUUUAAUAUAUUAAUCUUAUUU